CAUUUCCUCUCUUCUCUUCCCCUAUCAUACUCUCUCUUAUUUCCUUCUCUGCCGCCGCCGCCGCCCAGGCUCUGCUCCUCCAUUUCUCCACUCCUGUAAUUGAACUCUGCUCGGAUUACUUUGUUUUCUUUUCCGUUCAACCACUUAAAAAAUGGUGAACAAAGUUACGAGGAAGAAGCAUUACAGGCCUCCGGGGCAGAAGAAGGAGGGUAACGCAGCGAGAUAUGUGACCAGGUCGCAGGCUGUGAAGCAGCUGCAAGUUAGUUUGCCAGUUUUCAGGAAGCUAUGCAUUUUCAAGGGAGUUUUUCCUCGUGAGCCAAAAAAGAAGGUUAAAGGAAAUCACCACACUUACUACCAUUUGAAGGACGUUGCUUUUCUUCAUCAUGAGCCACUUCUGGAGAAAUUCAGAGAUAUUAGGGCAUAUGAAAAGAAGAUAAGCAAAGCUGAUGCAAAGAAGAAUAAGGAGCGUGCAAACUUUCUGAAAGAACACAGGCCUACAUAUGUAUUAGACAGGAUAAUAAGGGAGAGAUACCCAAAAUUCAUUGAUGCACUUAGAGAUUUGGAUGAUUGCCUCUCAAUGGUGCACCUUUUUGCGGCACUACCUGCACAAGAGAGGUUAAAGGUUGAGGCAAAGCGCAUUCAUAAUUGUCGAAGGUUGAGUCAUGAAUGGCAAGCAUUUAUUUCUCGAACUCAUAAACUACGAAAAGUUUUUAUAUCUGUGAAAGGCAUUUAUUAUCAGGCUGAGGUAGAAGGACAGAAGAUUACAUGGCUGACACCGCAUUCGCUGCAUCAGGCAUUGACUGAUGAUGUUGACCUAACUGUUAUUCUUAACUUCAUGGAAUUUUAUGAGACUCUUCUUGCCUUUGUGAACUUUCACGUAUAUCACUCAAUUAAUUUGAAGUAUCCACCGAUUCUGGACCCUCAUUUGGAGGCUUUGGCAGCAGAUCUUUAUGCUUUGUCAAGAUACUUUGAUGCCAACACUAGAAGUUCCCUAUUAGAUUCUCAGACUUCUAGUUCAUCUGGAUAUGAACAAGUAGAUGCUGAAGAAAACUCUGAACUUAGACUUGCGCAGCUUCAACACCAGCUAUCCUUAAAUGAGCCGACUGCUUUGAUGCAUCUUGUUGAAGAUGCAGCUGGUAAGAAUGAGGAUGAAGAUGAGGAUGAAGAUACUAGAGAAUGUAAGAAACUUUUUAAGAACAUGAAGUUCUUCUUAAGCCGUGAGGUUCCUAGAGAAUCACUACUUUUUGUUAUUCCUGCUUUUGGUGGCAUGGUUUCUUGGGAAGGAGAUGGAGCACCUUUUACGGAAUCUGACAAGACUAUUACCCAUCAGAUUGUAGACCGACCAACCCAGACUCACAAGUUCCUAUCUAGAGAGUAUGUUCAGCCACAAUGGGUUUUUGAUUGUGUGAAUACACGGUUGAUCUUGCCGACUGAAGAUUAUUUGGUGGGAAGGGUUCCUCCACCACACUUGUCACCUUUUGUUGACAAUGAGGCGGAAGGAUAUGUUCCAGAUUAUGCUGAGACCCUUAACCGUUUGAAGGCAGCUGCUAAAAGUGAAGUCUUGCCAUUGCCGGGAGUAGGGAAAGAAGAUUUGGAUGAUUCCCAGAAAUUAUUGGCUGAAGGUAUCAUUGAUCGAGCUGAGGCUAUCGAAGCUGCUGAAAAGAAACAGAAGAUGAUGGCUCUUGAGAAACAGUAUCAUGAUGAGCUAAAAUUGGAGCUUCAAGGAGUACAAUAUUCAUCAGCAACUUCAAAUGUUGAUAAGCAGUCGUCUGAUCAGGAGAAUGAGGGUGGUGAGGAUGCGGACCUCCCUGAUCCGGAACAAAUAGCCGAAGAUAAUGCUAACCUGCCAUUGGUUGUGAUGUCACGGAACAAGAAAAAACUUUAUGAAGCGAUGCAGAUUGGUAAAAGAAGGAAGAAGGGUGAAAUUGAUCUUCUCAAAGAAAGGAAGAGAAAACAUAAAGAAUCUAAAAAAUCGCAGUAAGUCGAGAGGAACCGCAAUUUUGUCUUUAAUUAUUUGUAAUACUAUAUUUGGAUGUCUAGAUAGUUUGCUCAAAGCAUCUAAGGUCUGUUGUUCAUGUCUCGCUUGAAGCUUGCUCUGAAGGGUUAUGGUUUGUCUUUCUGUAGUAUUAUUAAAUCAAAUACUUCUUUAGAACUCGUUAAUCUCUUUGCUUAGUCCACAUUCUAUAUCAGCAUCAUGCCUUGAUCAUCAUUCUCUUUGA